AUGUCUCGCCGAACUCUUUUUGAAGAAGACCUUCUUGUUGACAUCCCUGAUGUCAUAACUGUGCAAUCCACUCCAUCUCUUUAUAGUCAAUCCAACAUGCUCAUGCCUCCAGUAACUCAAUAUCUCGAAAGAGAAGCACAUGAAUUGGGACUAACCAGGGUACUGCAGUGCUACAACGAAUUUAAUGAUGUGCAGAUCUUACGCGCGUUGCCAAAAACAGUCCCACCAAACCCACCCCCUUCUUUGCCAAAACCUCCUUCAUCAUUGUUAUCGUCAUCGUCAUCGUCUUCUUCACAAAUUGGACAAAUUCUAGGCAAACCAUACGUCGACAUAACCCAUCUUUACAAUCUUGACAGAGAACUAGGGAGAGGUCAAUCUGGGAUCACUUAUCUCUGUACAGAGAAAGCCACUGGGUUGAAAUACGCGUGUAAGUCGAUAUUGAGACGACAAGUUGUGAGUCAGAAGAAGGACAUUGAGGAUGUAAGGAUAGAGAUUGAGAUUCAACAGCAUUUGAGUGGGCAACGCAAUAUAGUUGAAUUCGAGGGUGCUUAUGAGGCUCGGAGUAAUCUGUAUUUGGUAAUGGAGUUGUGCUCUGGCGGCGAUCUUUCCGAUCGGAUUACGGCCAAGGGCAGUUAUUCGGAGAAAGAGGCGGCGAGGAUUGGCCGACAGAUUGUGAAUAUGGUACAUGUGUGUCAUUUUACGGGGGUGAUGCAUAGGGACUUGAGGCCUGAGAAUUUCUUGCUUGUGAGCAGGGACGAGGAUGCUCCAUUGAAAGUCACUGGUUUCGGGCUCUCUGUUUUCAUUGAGGAAGGUAUUACAUCGUGGGUCUUUGUGGAUUUGAUUUUGACUCUUUUUUUUUUAAGCUUAUUGUCUUGUUAUCUGAUUUUAGAAUUGCAUUCGUUCAUGAAUAGGGCUCCUAAAAUUUAUCAUAUAUUGAUACUAUACUAGCAUGCAUAAGUGUUGG